CCAGUGAUCGUGAUGAAGCUGUGGGUGGUGCUGCUGCUGACAUGCGUGGCGGCGGCGGGAGCAGUGAAGGCGCCUGAAAGCGGCUUCCUCUUCACGGCGCCCAAGAGGCUACAAACGGGCACCAACGAGCGCGUAUGCGUCAAGCUCUUCAACCUGCCCGGGCCGGGGCGGAACGUGAGCCUCACCCUCUCGGGUGAGGCUGAGAGCGACAUCUCGUCGUUGCAGGUGGAGCCGAUACCGGACACGGUAGACGCUGAUGGCGAGCACUGUUUUUAUCUGGUCGUGCUGCGCUCGGCGUCCAUUGGAACGGGUCAACUGGCUCUCACCAUUGCCAACGCCGCCGGACUGCUCUUCUCAGAGACGUCUCCAGUGUCCAUCAAGGCCUUCACGCUGGUGACGCUGAUCCAGACGGACAAGCCCCGAUACCGCCCCGGGGAUAAAGUCCUGAUCCGUGUCAUAUCCCUGAGAUAUGACCUCACGCCGAUCAUCGAAAACGUUCCUGAGGUGUGGGUGACCAGCCCAGACGACAUCCGCAUCGCCCAGUGGAGGGACAUCAAGACCAGCGGAGGCCUGAUCCAGCUGGAGGUGCAGCUCACCGAGGAGCCGCCCCUGGGCAGCUGGAGUAUCCAUGUGAAGACGACUGAGAGUUCGGAAACAAAAAAUUUUGCUGUGGAAGAAUACGUACUGCCCACAUUCGAGAUCGAGGUCAAGAGCCCAACCCACCUACUUGACGGAGAAAGGACCAUUACCGUCGACGCUUGUGCCAAGUAA